AUGGCAAACAAGUUUGGAUUAGGGUCUUUACCUCUAGAAUCUAAAAAUCCCAUGAGUUCUACGGCGUUUAUAAACAAAGCGAAACCUUCUUUCGUGGAUCAAAUCGGAGACACCUUGCAAGGAGAUAUCGAUAUGAACAAUUUCAAAAUAACUAAUUUAAAGUUUCCAGGAAACGAUAACGAUUCCGUGAACAAGAAAUAUUUACUGGAUCAAAUAAACGCAAUUCAAAUAGAUAAGGACCAUGUUGAAAAUAGACUAAAUGACUUGAAAAGAUUCAUCAGACGAAAUAUUAAAAAUCUUGUGGACGAACCCAAACUACAACAAGAGUUAACGAGUUUGAAACGUCUUAUUCAAGUGGAUAAAACAAGUCAGUUACAAAAUUUAAUAUCUAAAUUAGACGAUAAGAUUACGAAGGUAAAAAUAGACGUCCAACGUUUAAUAGACAACCCAAAUGUAAACGAGGGUAGAUUGAAACGAAAACUAACCGCUUUGGAAAGAAAACUUGGCGAAUUGCUAGCAGAACUAGACAAGACCGCGGACAAAACCGAGUUACAAAAUUCGAUAUCCAAUUUGAACGAAAAGAUCGCGAAGCAAAAAUCAGAUGUUCAAGAUAUAAUUAACACCCUUCCCAUUGACAAAGAUACGUUGAAACGACAAUUGACUGCUUUGGAUACUAAAAUCACGGACGAAUUAGAAAAAGAAGUGGGUGUGAUUAAAAACUUUCUUCAAAAUAAAUUUCGAGAUGAUAUGAAAAAUUAUAUUAAAGAACAGGUCAAUCUUUUGGUAUCUAGAAUUCAUGACGAUUUUUUGAGACAAGAGAAAAAGUUGAGCAAAUUAGAAGCUAUUGUCACGGACAAAUCGUAUUAUUUCAAUCUUCCAUUCGAAAGUGGAAAAUACACCUCGAUCGAUGUUCAUAAAAGUCAACAAGAAAGAGAGUUUAUAGUACAUUUAUCUUUUGCCGAAGGUUCCGACUCCAUCUUUGAAGGUGGUGGUUUUAUUUCUAGAGCCAAGAUAAACAUCGAAAAAGAAAAAAGAAAAUAUUCCUAUCAUCUUAACCAGGACCAUACGAAAGAAGAAAUGUCGUUAGUACGCGUAAAUGUUUUUACUUUUAAUACCCGCAAAUAUAAUAAUGCCAGGCCAAACAAGCACGCUAUAUACGAUAUCAUUUAUGGUUCCAUUUAUCGGAAAUUCACUUAA